UGAAGACAUUUGUGUUGAACUGACACAUCAUUCACUUCUUCACACGGACAGUGUGCUUUACUACAACUCACGGGGACUUUCUCUCUUCAGAGCGGAUUUCCAGUGCUCAGGGUUCGAUGGUUAGUGGGAGCUAAUGUAUGCGGGACAGCGAUACCUUCGCAGUCAGUGUGAAGCUGUGAUUGAGACUGCUGUGGGGUGUGCAGUUUCUCACAUUCUGUAGAGGAAACACACACACACACACACACUCAAGAGUGUGUUGAGCAGACAGCUGAGGGAUUCACUCGCUCCCUGCCUGGAGUUGCAGACACGGAAGAUGGAUCUCUUGAGGACUUGCUUGCGUUGGGUCUGCGUGCUGGUCAUUGGACUUCUGGGACUCGUGGAGGAGAGCUUGGCUAAUGUUCUGGACACCAUGCUGCUGAGGAAUUCUGGGAAGGUGGAAGAACAUCGGGAGACAGGAAGUGAUGCGUCGGCUCUACCUCAGCGCUUCCUGUGGUGUUACUGUUAUCACCACUGCCCGGAGGACUCGACUAAUAACACAUGCAGGACGGACGGGUUCUGCUUCACUAUGGUGGAGGAAGAGGGCGGCGCGGCUGUGGUGACGUCAGGUUGUCUGGGUCUGGUCGGAUCAGAGUUUCAGUGCCGAGACACAGGGAACUCUAAACAGCGGCGAGCACUAGAGUGCUGCACAGAUCAGGACUACUGCAACAGAGACUUACACCCAACACUGCCUCCCCUACAAACACCCAGUUAUGUAGUUGGAGAUAUUCAUCAUAUCGCUCUGCUCAUCUCGGUGACCGUCUGUAGCUUCAUCCUCACCUUCAUCAUCAUCUUCUGUUACUUCAGGUAUAAGCGUCAUGAGUUGGCCCCGCGCUACAGCCUUGGCCUGCAUCCUGACGAAACUCUCAUUCCUCCCGGAGAAUCCCUGCGGGAUCUCAUAGAGCAGUCCCAGAGCUCGGGCUCAGGGUCAGGACUCCCCCUGCUGGUGCAGCGCACUAUAGCGAAGCAGAUCCAGAUGGUGACACAGAUUGGGAAGGGCCGUUAUGGAGAGGUGUGGAUGGGUAGAUGGAGAGGAGAGAAAGUAGCUGUGAAAGUCUUUUUCACCACAGAGGAGGCCAGCUGGUUCAGAGAGACGGAGAUAUAUCAGACUGUCCUCAUGAGACAUGAGAAUAUACUGGGGUUCAUAGCGGCCGACAUUAAAGGCACAGGCUCGUGGACUCAGCUCUACCUCAUCACCGACUACCACGAGAACGGCUCCCUGUACGACUAUCUGAAGUGCACCACCCUGGACAGCCGAGCCAUGCUGAGACUGGCGUACUCCUCUGUGUCCGGGCUCUGCCACCUGCACACGGAGAUCUUCGGCACGCAGGGCAAACCGGCCAUCGCCCACCGAGACCUGAAGAGCAAAAACAUCCUGGUGAAGAGGAACGGCUCCUGCUGCAUCGCUGACCUCGGCCUGGCCGUCAAGUUCAUCAGCGACACUAAUGAAGUGGACAUCCCACUGAACACACGUGUGGGCACCAAACGCUUCAUGGCUCCUGAAGUUCUGGACGAGACUCUGAACAGGAGCCAUUUUCAGUCCUACAUCAUGGCAGACAUUUACAGCUUUGGCCUCAUACUGUGGGAGAUCGCCCGCCGAAGUGUGUCUGGAGGUAUCGUUGAGGAAUAUCAGCUGCCGUAUCACGAUCACGUUCCUAAUGACCCAUCGUAUGAAGACAUGCGAGAAGUCGUGUGCAUCAAGAGAAUACGGCCAUCUUUCCCCAACCGCUGGACCAGUGAUGAGUGUCUCAGACAGAUGGGCAAGCUCAUGACGGAGUGUUGGGCUCAUAACCCUGCCUCUCGGCUCACCGCGCUUCGCAUUAAAAAGACGCUGGCCAAGAUGUCAGAGUCCCAGGACAUUAAAGUCUGAGAAAGCAGCACUGACGGUAACCCCCAACUCACCGCCUGCAACGGCCCGCCGUGGGUUCAGUCGGUGAGUUUAGCCAUGCGAGAGCUGGGUGUUCUGUGGUCAGAGCUCAGAUAUCCAGCCCUGUGGAAGAGACUGCUGGCCGCUCUAGUCCUGCUGUCCUGAGGCUUCAUGGACCAGCACCUGUAACGCUCAGUGCGACGCAGCAUCACCUCAUCGAGCCAGGUGUCCAGUAUAAACACUCGAGCUUUAGCUCAUGACUCCCUUGAGAGAAGUCUCUCCUUUCACAGUCUGUUCAGCUCGGACAUGACCAUGACUUGUUUGGGGAAUUGAAACAAGUGUGAUGGUUGAAAUUAAAGUCAUAAGAGCUGCGGCUUCCCUCCUUUUUUGGUAGGCUGUGCCUUAUUUAUUGUGUAAAUAGCUGUGUAAAAGAAUGAGAGUGAAGCAUCAAAGUUCUUGAAUAAAUGUUCUAAUAACACUGAA